AUGACGAUAUUAUUAAAUAAUGAAACCAAUUUAAUUUCAACAACAACAACAACAACAGGACACUCUGUAAACGAUAUUCAUGGGGCAUAUUGUGCUUCAAAUGCAGAGUGUUCAUAUCCCAACGGAGAAUGUGUUGCUAAUAGUUGUUAUUGUAAUCAAUAUAUAGGAGGGAGAAUAUUAUAUUUUGCAGCAGACCCAUGGGGUUCUUCUGGUGCCUAUCCAGAUGCAUUUCGUCAAUUUUUGUAUGGAUUUCCAAUUUAUAUACUUUUCACAGCAUACGAGUUAUUAUUGAUCUACUGGGCAGGUACAUUUCAUAAUGUACAGUCGGUAGAUAGUGGUUCAUUUUUUGUAAAGAAAACUAAACCUGCCUUUAUCACUACCAAUUCUGUGUGGUUUGCAUUUGAAGUGAUAAGAGUUGUGCUGGCAGCAAUACGAUCCUAUUCCUUUGUGAGCAUUCUCACCGUUGUAUAUAAUAUCUAUGUAUUUAUCUCGUGUCUUGCCAUAAUGUGUGGAUUCAUCAUCUAUGGUGCUUUAAUCUAUAAAAGAAUACAAGGUUUACCUACACACAAAGAAAAAAAGAAAAGCUACCUUAAGAAAAUAGAGUUGUUAAUCGUAAUGAAACCUAAAGAAUCAUACAAUCACAGUCACCAUCAACAACAACAACAACAAACAAAAUCACCCUCAUCCCCAAUUGUCUCAAACAAUGGAGCCUCUGUGGGUGUCGAUUCACCAAAAUCAUAA